CUCAAAGUAUCAGUUUCAAAGACUUCACUUUACAAUCAACAUUCCGUCCAAACGCCACCAGAAAAAAUGUUCAAAAUUCUAGCACUAGUCGCCUGUCUGGUAAUCGUGGCAUCGGCCGUGGAAUACAAAGAACACAAAGAGGAGCACCAUUCUCAUCCCAAGUAUAAAUUUGAGUACGGAGUUCACGAUCCACACACCGGAGAUCAUAAAGCUCACUGGGAACAUCGGGAUGGAGAUGUCGUCAAGGGACAGUACUCCUUACAUGAGGCCGAUGGCAGUGAACGUAUCGUGGAAUACAAGGCUGAUGACCAUAACGGUUUCGAAGCUGUGGUAAAGAAUGUCCACCAUGGACAUGCACCACACCAUUACUAACUUGCAGUGCACACUACCAGCUACCAAAUGUGAUAUUAUUGUUUGGCAAACAAUUAUUUAUCAAAAAACAAAA